AUGGGAGUUCCAAAGUUCUUUCGGUGGGUUGCGGAGCGCUGCCCGACGGUCAUCACCCCAUUCCGCGACUCCCCGCCGCCUGUCGACAACUUGUAUCUUGACAUGAACGGCAUUAUCCACAACUGCAGCCACACCAACGACGUCGACGCAACGCAGAAGUCGGCGACGGAGAAGGUGAUGGUGGAGGCAAUGUUUGCCUACUUGGAGAAACUAUUUAACGCGAUUCAGCCGCGCAAGUGCUUCUUCCUGGCUGUUGACGGCGUGGCGCCGAGGGCGAAGAUGAACCAGCAGCGCCAGCGUCGCUAUCGUAGCGGCUACGAACUCAUGGUGGCCCGACAGGAGGCCCUCGCACGCGGCGACGAUGUGCCCGAUGAGAAGGAUGUGUUCGACAGCAAUUGUAUUACCCCUGGAACGGGCUUCAUGGUGCGGGUGAGUGAGCAAUUCCAGUACUUCAUAACGAUGAAGAUCGCCUCGGAUCCGGCGUGGCAGAACUGCCAGGUUGUGUACUCCGGCCACGACAACCCGGGCGAGGGCGAGCACAAGAUUGUGGACUUCAUACGCCGCCGCAAGAUGCAGCCGGGGUACAGCCCCAAUGAAACCCAUUGCAUGUACGGCCUUGACGCCGACCUUGUCAUGCUCGCGCUCGCAACGCAUGAGCCACACUUCGUACUCCUGCGGGAGGUGGUGACGUUUGGCCCCGGGCAGGAGUCGCGCCGCGUCCGUGAGCAACGCGAGGAGGACGAGGCCAAUGGAAUCAUUGCCGACAAAUCGUACCGCAACGCCGAUGAAUUUGUGCUACUUCAUGUGAAUGUCCUGCGUGACUACCUUGAUCUGGAUGUGCGGAACAGACUUGGCGCGAAACUGCCAGGUGGCUACGACCUGGAACGUUUUUUGGAUGAUUUUGUCUUGAUGUGCUUCUUCGUCGGCAACGACUUUUUGCCGACAAUCCCGACGCUCUCCAUCUUCGAUGGCGGAUUGCUGCAGAUGCUCGACAUUUAUUGCCAACGCAUACUUGGGGAGGGCAGGUACCUGACGAACGCGGGCAAAAUCAACUGGCGUGCGGUAGAGCUGUGGCUGCAGGGAAUUGGGGAGCUUGAGCUCUCCACCAUCAAGCAGCGCCAGCAACAGGAGGAGGAGUAUCAGCGCAAAGCGCAGCGGCGUGAUUCCACGCACGAGGCAGCCAACGUCGCAACUGUGCCAGUAGGCACCAUAGAAGAGUACAAGGAACACUUCUACAGUGAGAAACAUGGAUUUGAGAAGGGAUGGGACCCGCAUGGAAAAGACAUGACGGAGUUGAAGUUGCACUACGUUGAGGGCCUGCUGUGGGUGAUGGGAUACUACUACCAAGGGCCGCCGUCGUGGAAAUGGUUCUUCCCACACCACUAUGCUCCCAUGGCAAGUGACUUGGUAAACCUUCCCGCCAUUGCAGAGAAGGUAGAGUUUGAUCCAGGUACACCAUUUCUCCCCCAUCAGCAGCUACUCGCGGUACUGCCGCCCAUGUCAUACCGUUCUAUGCCACGUGCCUACUGGCCACUUAUGCUUAGCGACAAGAGUCCGCUCAAAAAAUUCUUUCCGGAAAUUCUGCAAAUUGAUCGUGAGGGCGCGCGGGCGCCGUGGGAGGGCAUUGUCCUAAUUCCAUUUAUCGACGAACGCGUCUUGCUUGCGGCGUACCAGUCUGUGCAGAACAAAGUCAGUCCUGAGGAUGCAGCCCGCAACUGCGUAGGUCCGGCCACGCUGUUUUCCUUCGAUCCCAACAUGUCCCCGCGUGAUGUGCCCAACGAGAUGUUUGGGCCGCUACGAAACGUUCGGGUGCGGCAGCAGGCGUUUGAGUUUCCACCGAUGACGACGUUUGUGCCGCGGCUCUGCCCGGGGGUUGCAAUCGGUGAAAAGCAGCUGGAGGGGUUCUCGUCGUUGCACACCAAGUGGGACUUCAUCACGCUGCAGCGCGAGACGGGGGUGGUGACAAUCUUUGGCAUGCCCACACGGAAGGAAAGCAUCAUCCUCGCGCUAAAGGAUUCGAUGAACGCUAUAACCGUCACGGAGGCCCUGCCGCUGGUCGGGCAGGAGGUGCUGGUUGGUUUUCCACACUUCCGUCGUGCCCGUGUCGCGUCCAUUAGUGACAAGCGCACAAGCGUCCGUGCCGUCAUCACGCAGGAUGGUACCUUCUGUGGCACGGAGACGAAGGAGCUGAACCGGGAUGAGUCCCUGAACUUCACAAAGGAGUGUGACACACAUACGCAGUAUAUGAAGGAAAAACUUGGCAUCGCCGUGGACAGGAUUUACCUGCUCGUGUACGUUAACCUUUUCACCACCAUGCGUCUGACGCGCAAGGGGCGUAUUGUGCGAAGUUUCUCCAAAGAUGAAGUUUGCUACACCAUGCAACUUGUGGCGCGCCUGCAGGAUGUAGACAUGAUAGAGGACUCCCGCUAUGUGGAGCGUGACCGGGUGGAGGGGGACAUAAGCCUCGGCACCAGAGUUGUCUUUGUUGGCCCCGAACCGAAGAACAAGAAGUCCCCGAUGCAGGUGUAUGGCAGUGCCGGUUUUGUAUUUGAGCCCACCUCGGCCAGUAGUGACAUGUACGCCGUGGCAGUGCGGGUGUACCAAGAACCUCUGGCGCUCCCCCCCUCGCUGUUAUCAUUUGCCGCCCCAUGCAACUGGAUGGCGCUACACGAGGUGGCAAGUGAACUGUCUGUCGGGUCCCUCGCCCUGCGUUUGCUGACUGGCUCACUGCGCACCACACCGCAGUACGGCUCACGUGAGGUGGGACUAGGCAUAGUGUUCUCACGCAAUCAUCUUGUCCGCAUUGGCUACGCGAAGCUUGUCCGGCGCCAGACGAAUGCGUGGGCACCGUACAAUGAAGACGUGUUUGUGCGGCUUGCGCAAAAUGCAGAGCCUUCCGCCCACUACCUGGACAACACCGGCAAGCGCGACUUCCUUGGCCGCUCAGGCCGCACGCCGCAAUACACAACUUGGUUCUCGCGUGAAGCAGUUGCACUUAUUCGUCGAUACGUGCAGGCCUUCCUGCCCCUUGUGAAGCGGCUUGAGAGCGGCACCAUCGCCCCACAGGCGCUGGAACCGCCGCAGUUUAUGACCGGCGGCUGGCAGGAGAUGGAGGUGGAUGAUGUACUUCGCGAGAUGGAGGCCUUCAUUGAGGCGUCUGGCAUCCGUGACGUGCCGCUUCUCCCGUCCAGCGAUGAUGCCUUUCCUCGUGAGUACCUGCAGGAGUUGGAGGAUGAACUCGACCGGCAGCAGCCACGCGCCACAAAAGAGAUUAUACUGAACCCCGUGGUGAAACGCCACUUGUACUUCCCCCUCACGCGCAGCAGCGGCGGCCACCUUACCCAGCUGCCACUUCCGCAGGAACAGACAUUCCGCCUCGGCGUCCGCGUCGUCAACUGCCGCGCUGUCGGUUGUGUCCCAUUUGGUGCGGUGGGCACAAUUGUUCGGCUGCUUUCCACAAGUGCCGAUGCAGAGGUGGUUUACGAUGAACCCUUCACUGGCGGAAGCCACUUUGAGGGCAGACUCGGGCAGCCACGCGGCGCGCUGUCAAGGUUGUCCUCGCUGCUAGUGCUCAACCGGCCCGGCGACGACGGCGGCGGCGGCGGCGCCGCGGCAGAGGCGGAGCGCAACACCGUCUCCAUUCUCAGGGCCCUUGUUCAGAAGUCCCAGCAACAGCAGAAGGGCGCAGCGCCGGCGGCGGAUGGUGGGGUGGCCAUUCCAAAACCACGCAGCGCGGUGGAAGACGCGACGACGUCCCCAACAGCGACUGGGAUGGCCUCAACGCCCGCCGCAGUCACGAUGUCUGGCGGCGCAGGCGGCAUACGUUUGGCGGACCUCGUCGGGAAGCUCAAGGCCUCGCCGGAGCACAGCGUCGCCGCACCACUGACGCCACCGACCCUCGCGGAGGAGCAAAAGGGCUUCCGCCCGUCCCCUGCCACGGCGAAGCCCCAGUUCUCCGGUGCCACCGCCAACUCUUCCGGUGCUGCAUGUAACAACAACAACAGCAACGACAACAACGACAACCAGAAGAGGAGCGGCGACAACACCAGAGCUGCUGCUGCUGCUGCUGCCAUCGCCCCGCCGCAGACGGAGGCCCGCACUGUGACGUGCGUUCAGAGUGAGAAUGGCAAUGGUGCCGCUGUCGGCGCCCGUCCUCGCACGAACCCACGCGCUGGCGGCAGUCCUGAAAAGCAGGGUGGUGACCAGAGGCCAAAGAUGACGUUCACUAUUCCACGCGGAAUUGCGAGCGGCGAGUUCACCAUUCGCCGCGGUGAGGCCGUGCCGCUCUUCCGGCAGUUGCUGAAGUUGCGCCUCUCUGAGGAGCUCGGCAAGACACCCGCGCGUGAGUAA